AUGGUUUUUACAAUCUCAAGAAAAUCCAUGUCCCAGAAAUUGAGUUUACUCUUGCUUGUAUUUGGACUCCUUUGGGGAUUGAUGUUACUGCACUAUAUUUUUCAACGACCAAGACAUCAAAGCAGUGUGAAGUUACGUGAGCAGAUACUAGAUUUAAGCAAAAAAUAUGUUAAAGCCCUAGCAGAGGAAAAUAAGAACACAAUGGAUGUCGAGAACGGUGCUUCUAUGGCAGGAUAUGCGGAUCUAAGAAGAACAAUUGCUGUCCUUUUGGAUGACAUUUUACAACGUUUGGUAAAGCUGGAGAGCAAAGUCGACUACAUUGUUGUGAAUGGCUCAGCAGCUAGCACUACCAGUGGUACUAGUGGGAAUCCAGUGCCACUGACCACAAAUAAAAGGAUAAAAGCAUCAGGCAGCAUUAGAUAG